CCAUCCCUACGCCCAGCCCAGCACCGAGGCAACUUUGGAUGUGUCUGCUUCUCCCAGCAGCCUGGGUUACAUUCCUCCGGAGCGCCCGCUCAGGCCGGUCGUGACAUAGCCCUAAAACUUUAAGAGGAAUUUCUGCCGCGGGCUGGAAGAGCGGAGCCCUUCAGCCUCCCCGGAGAGGGCGACGAGAGGCGACCCCGCAGCUCCCUCCCUUCGCCCGGGGCUCGGGGGUGCCCCCGGUUCGCAGCGGAGCCCCUCCACCGCCCGGCCUGCCCCGCCAUGGCAGCUCUGCCCGGGACGGUGCCGCGGAUGAUGCGCCCGGCUCCGGGGCAAAACUACCCGCGCACCGGCUUCCCCUUGGAAGUGUCCACCCCGCUGGGCCAGGGCCGGGUGAACCAGCUCGGAGGGGUUUUCAUCAACGGGCGUCCUCUGCCCAACCACAUCCGCCACAAAAUCGUGGAGAUGGCUCACCACGGCAUCCGGCCCUGCGUGAUAUCCCGGCAGCUGCGCGUCUCCCACGGCUGCGUCUCCAAAAUCCUCUGCAGGUACCAGGAGACGGGCUCCAUCCGGCCCGGGGCCAUCGGAGGCAGCAAGCCCAGGCAGGUUGCGACUCCCGACGUGGAGAAGAAAAUCGAGGAGUACAAGCGGGAGAACCCCGGGAUGUUCAGCUGGGAGAUCCGGGACCGGCUGCUGAAGGAUGGGCACUGCGACCGCAGCACCGUGCCCUCAGGUUUAGUGAGUUCGAUUAGCCGUGUGCUACGCAUCAAAUUCGGGAAGAAAGAGGAAGAGGAGGACUGCGACAAGAAGGAGGAAGAUGGGGAAAAGAAGGCCAAGCACAGCAUAGACGGCAUCCUGGGCGACAAAGGUAACAGGCUGGAUGAAGGCUCUGAUGUUGAAUCUGAACCAGACCUGCCUUUGAAGCGCAAGCAGCGCCGCAGCCGAACCACUUUCACCGCUGAGCAGCUGGAGGAGCUGGAGAAGGCCUUCGAGAGGACCCACUACCCAGACAUCUACACACGAGAGGAGCUCGCUCAGAGAACCAAGCUCACUGAGGCCCGAGUUCAGGUGUGGUUCAGCAACCGAAGAGCGAGAUGGCGCAAACAGGCGGGAGCGAACCAACUCGCGGCUUUCAACCACCUGCUGCCAGGGGGCUUCCCACCCACAGGAAUGCCAACUCUGCCCCCGUACCAACUGCCGGACUCCACCUACCCAACAACCACCAUUUCCCAAGAUGGGGGAAGCACUGUGCACAGACCCCAGCCCCUGCCACCAUCGACCAUGCACCAGGGAGGGCUUGCCGCAGCCGCUGCUGCCGACACCGGCUCUGCCUAUGGGGCCCGACACAGCUUCUCCAGCUACUCAGACAGUUUCAUGAAUGCUGCAGCUCCUGCCAACCACAUGAAUCCUGUUAGCAAUGGCCUCUCUCCACAGAAGCAGGGUGCCCAAAACAAGAUGCAGUGCUCCAGGUGGAACCUCACCAUAGCCUUGAACAAUCAGGUGAUGAGCAUCCUGAGCAACCCCAGUGGGGUUCCUCCACAGCCCCAGGCUGACUUCUCCAUCUCUCCCCUUCACGGUGGCUUGGACACUACCAACUCCAUCUCUGCCAGCUGCAGCCAGCGGAGUGACUCCAUCAAGUCCGUGGACAGCCUCCCAACUUCGCAGUCCUACUGUCCUCCCACCUACAGCACUACCAGUUACAGUGUGGACCCAGUGGCUGGCUACCAAUAUGGACAGUAUGGACAAACUGCUGUUGAUUAUUUGGCCAAGAACGUGAGCCUGUCUACACAGCGUAGGAUGAAGCUGGGAGAACAUUCAGCUGUUCUGGGUCUCCUACCGGUAGAGACAGGCCAAGCUUACUGAAGAGUCCAACUGUGCCAACAACCCACUCCAGCAACUUGGUACCACUGGAGAAAACACCACCAGCCUUCCAGAGAUCUGCCUGUACCCGGACCCUACUCCUUCCCAAUUCCCUUCCACCUCGCACCAAAUUGAGCUGUGAAGGAGACAGAAACGAUGGGGAGGGGUCUCCAAGUAUCUAGCUCCUCCCAGAGCACUCAGAGGCAAGCCUGGCCUCAAUGACCUGACUUCUGUGGCCAGAGACAAUGGGUUGGGUACAUUUAUUACCCCUGAGUUCAUGCCCUCCCUCUAACCUACCUGGCCAUGGCAUUUUGCCCACACUUAAGGACUUUCCAUUGAUCUAGGUAGCUGGCAUAGUCAAAGCCAAAUUGAUCUUUUUUUUUCUUUGUAAAAAAAAAAAAGAAAUGUUUCAUUUUGUUUCCUUUUCUUUCCAUUGGUGUAAAUUUGGUGAAUGUUGUAUACAAAGGAAUAACCAAGCUGAUCGUUAAGGAUGAUAUAAUUAGGGACCACAGAAGACCUAUGGACCAAAUAUAAGAACUUGUUUAAAAACAAACAAACAAACAAAAAAACAUAAACAUAAAUUAAAGAGACAGCAGAUUUCCCCACCCCACUCUACCCUUCUAUUCUCACUGAUGGCUUCCCAAAGCAGGGCCAAGGCAAGCCAGAUUGCUGCUAAGCAGGGGCAGGAUGUAAGUCUGUCCAGCCUGGGACCUUUGGAAAAUGUAAAUGUAAAUUGCUGCGUAAGGACUGGAGACUAUGGGCACAGGCACAAGCAACAUUUACAUUUCCUCUUAGGGACCAAGUUAGACCUGAUUAUCACUGAAAAGACAUGGGCUUCAGAUAGCAGCAGCAGAUGUGAUAGCAAACUCUGGCCUUGCAUGCACAGAGGAAGGACACUGGAUACAGCUGAGUAUGUUGGAGCUUUUGCCCAUCCAGUUGAGAAGGAUGAGGACUGUUAUGGCCCUUCUUUCACUCAGUGGGAGAGAAGUUUGCCAUGAGAGCAAAGACAGGAGAGGGAAGAGUCAAACAUGUUUGUUAGCUGCCUGCUUGGAGGGGCCAGUGUGCAAAACUGUGUUCUUCUACAAGGAAAGGGCCACCUGAAAGAAAAUGGUGCUUCUUCUGAAGGUGCUGACCUGCAGCUGCCUGUCCCUGAGGGAUGGAUGUGGAUGUGGAGUCAGAGGGGAGAUGGCCUGAAGAGUCUUUAACAGCAUCUAGGAAGGAAACGCGCUCUCUGCCCACAGCAUUGCACCUGUUUGUACUGCAGAAGAAAGUACUGUUUACCUUACCGAUGGCAUUUUGUAAACCCCAGCUACCAGGAGAAAUGCUUGCCCUUGUCCAUCCCCCCUGCUCUUCCCUCAUCCCUCUCAUUUUGCGUCCUGUUCUGUACAAUGUGAUCUCUCGGCUCCUUCCCUCUGCUUUUCAUUUUGGUGCUGGAGACUCUCCCUCUCUAAGCUAGAUCUUGUUUUCUAGAUUUAUCACCCCAUUUUUCUGUAGAAGCCAGUGCUCUUGCUUUUGUAUCAGCUCACAAUUCUGCUCAUCACACUGCUCAGCUAAAGGAAGCCAACAAUAAGAAGUUAUUGCUAAGUCAUGAACCACAUGGAGUUUUAAAUAGUUUCCCUUCUGCAUGUGGUAAUGAUCCUUGACAACUCUUAAGCAGAUCUCUAAUAUAUAUAUAGGCUUUUUUCACUCAUCUCCCUGUAUUGAGAGGGCUUGCUUCAAGAACACCCUGAAAUUUGACCUGGAGACAAUGAGGAAAGCUGCCCCUGAGACAACCACCCCUGAGAAAACCAUCUUGAUGCACAGAAUCUGUGCCAGCCAGUGGCCGAUUUGUAAAGUCCCAUGGCAACAGGCAGUACACAGAGUUAUCUACAGUCUGCUGGGGUUUAUAUUACGCUAUUUUAUAUGUCUACUUAGGAAACAUCCUAAAGGAUAACAAAUAUCUGCUUCUGCCCACUGGAGAUAACAGGGGACCACAUGGUCGGUUGAGUUCUGGUCUAGCAUAUGUUCCUAGGGCCAGGUUGUUAAAGGAGACACUUCUGCCAUGCCCUGUUCUGUUACUGCUGUUUCUUCCAUUCUUUCCAAAUAAUCUGAUCUUGUUUUUGCAGCUGAAACAACAUUUUUCUGGGGAACUGUCCCCUGCCUUGCCCCAUCAUCAUUUAUCAUGAACGACCAAGGCGCUUUCUUUUGAGCCAUGUGGGCAAGUACCUGUUGGGACCAAAGCAGAGUUUUGUUUCUUAUGUUGCUCAGCAUCCUAUCAGAUCCACAUGUGGCUUUGAUCAGCUUUGCUGUACGGGUGUGACAGAGCCUGCUCUACAUUCCUGGAAGUCUGUUAAUACACCAGCUUGGCCAUUCUGCCUCACACUCACCUGCACAUGGCUGUGCAGGAGCUGAGAGGGUGACAACUGCAGGCUGCAUUACUGUCAUUUAUACUGCAGAGAACCUGGUUCAGCCUCUGCUUGUCUGGCUGUAUCACACAUAAAUCUUCCCUCUAGUUGCAAGAGACUUCCCCUGGGUCACAAAGCUUUGGAGCACUUGAAGCUUGCAUUCUUCGCUUCCUUUCUCAGGCUAAUAUAUUGCAGCUACAGCUGGAUGAACGGAUAAGGCCAGAGGCACUGAUUUCCUUGAGGUGACUGAAGAGCCAAAAUGCACGGACCAGUCACAUUACCUCAAGCAUCUCCCUUGCUUUGUGCCAGUUUGGAAUCUUGGAAAGCAGAAAAAGAUGCCAUUCUAUGUUCUUAAUGCUUUAGAGAUGAUCUAAGGGAGAAAUCCCUUUUGAAAUCCAAUCCUGGCUUAAAUGUCAUUCCCAACAACAAUCACCUUCUGUGACUGUCACAGCUGAACUGGGGCAUUGAGGGUGAGAGCAAGGGUGUCUGUGGUGGACACCAGCCUAGGGAUUAAUGCCUGAAACACCUGUUUGAAUUUGCUUCUGCAUGUCAGCAUCAUUCUGAGCUGACUGCUAAAACAACAGAGCACGCGAUUUUCUUGUGUACCACAAAUAAUAUUUAAGAGGCCAAAUGCAGAUCACCUCUGCUCUCGGAGCACCUUCAAGUCUACAGCCCCAUGCGUCUCCUUGCCACCAGGAAGCGGAGUCUGCAUUCAGUGACUGUUGGCCCUGUACCUGCCCUGGAUGUUUGUAAUCCCUUCUUGUAUCCCUGGUACUUUACACUGAAAUUUCUGACCAAAUGCAUUCCUAGCUGCCUGCUAAACUGGAAAGAAAGCUUCAGUUUGUUACGAGAAUUGCUUGUCCACAACUGCCACUAGCAAAAACCUGUCAGCUCUCCUCUCCCCUCCAUUGUCCUAUUUUCCAGUUGUGCAUACCCGUGCACGUAGCCCACCUCCCAAGCAUCCUCGAAGAGCGGACAGUCAGUCCUAGCAGCAAGUGUGUUCUUGAGCAGGACUUCAAAGCUCAGAGCCGAGUACAGGACCCUGCAAGUAAAAUGUCUUAAAAAGAGGGAGCACUGAAGAAACCUGCUUGCCACUUAGCUUCACCAGAAAGUCCAUGAACACCCGGGCACUGCUGUAAAUAGAGUUCUUAGAGGAAUAUGAAAAACGCCCCAUGCUAGUGCAAAUAGCUAUUCUCUGACCUUUCCCUUGUGGUCGCACUUUGUACAUUAGUUGGAAAUUUGGUCAUGUGCUGUACGUUUAUAGAAAGUUGACAUUUUUUUAUACUAAAACCACAGUGAGUACCGUGCUAGUUAAAAAAAUAAAAAUAAAAAAAAGGGGGUGGGGAGGGCAAAACGUAGAAAUUUGCCUAUUGUGUGUUUUCAAAAUACAUUCCAGAAUCUUUGGGGCGGGAUGGGUUUGAUUUGGGGAGUUUUUUGGUUUCUUUGUUUUGUUUUAAGGUACAUUCAUGUAUGAAAGUCAAAGUAUUUUUUGUUUUGUUUUGUUUUGUUUUAUGGAUUGCCAACCUCAGUUCUGCUGAAAGAGACAAACUCAGGGGGUAGGGUGGGACAGAACAGAGGGAGGUGCCGUGAAGGCGAAACAAAACCGAGCGUGGAAGAGCAGCAAUCGACAACAGGCAAGCAAGCGAUGGACAGCGGGACCCUGAAGAAUGUGCGGCCGUGGUCGCUCGAAGCAGACCAAACAGGGAUUGAGCAGAUACUCACCCACUGGUGACUCUGAGGGUGCCUAGGGAUCCAAAAACCAGUCAUGCACCUCGCACAAAGAAGCCACCAAGCAAUGGGACGCACUCCAGAGUCGUUCUCUCAGGUCGACAUUUCUUCUGUGCCUGCAGAUGAGAACUGACAGCCUUGGGGGAAAUGCAGAACCGCCAAGUGGGUUUCUUGUACCUCCCCGCACCCCUCCUUCACCUCUCAACACCAUCCUGAGACCACAGAAUGGACAUUUCCUCACCGUGUCCAGUAACUCAGCAGAUUGGCUCCUGUUGCUCAGAGACUUUGUGUAUUUAAUGCUUCUAACCCGUCAUCCCUAACACCUCCAUAUACCCACCUGGGGAAUAUCUACAUAGCACUAUAGGACAUUCCUUAUUCCUAGUAACUGCGAAUAUGUUGCUUCUGUGUUUGACUCAUAGCCAUUUUGCUCCAUGUGUAAGCCUGCGUGUGAGUAUGUGUGCGUGUGUGCCUGCGUGCGUGCGUGUGUAUAUAUAUAAUCGCACCAUAAUUUAUUCAGCUAUAUGGAGUAGUAUAGUAGAAAGAGAAACUGGUAUUUGCUUUAACUACCUGCUGCCUGUAGGUGUCUCUCUGUAA